UACUCCACUAGGCAAAUAUUCACAAACACUAUUCAGUACAGAAAAUAGCAUUACCAAACACUAAGCCGCAUAAAUGUUUAGAGAGAGAAAGCCAUCAUCAAGAAAGAGGAAAUGAAAAACACAACGUAAGGCCGGCCCCCGACGGGUCGCUCCUCGGUCGCUCCCGCGGGCGGCCAGGAGCGAAACCUAGCCGCCGCCGCAAGCCACAACCACCGCGCCCCCGCUCCUCGCCGCCGCCGGCAGGAGUCGCCGGGCAAAGCCCGCGGUUCGGCGGCGGCGGGGCCCUUUUUUUUCCUUUCCGCUGGAGAUGGUACGGCGCGGGCCGGCCGCUCCUGGAGGGAGCUCGGGCACGUUGGCGCUCGGGAUGGCGUUGGCUGGCGCUGGAAGGCUGGGGCAGCGGCCCCAGGUCGCGCGCGGGGUUGGCGUGCGCCUCCCUCGCGGAGGUGGUCCGGCGGCUGCCUGCGAGGCGGAGGAUCCGGGGCCCUCGCGCCCGAAUCUGGUGAGGAGGCGGGCCGUCGGCAGAGGCGUCGCGGCGGCGUGAGGUCAAGGCAGCGGUGGUGCUGGCCUGCGAGCAGGGUGGAGGCGCGGGCUGGGCGCGGCUGGGCGCGGAGUGCGGUGGGUGCGCCGUGUUGGUCGCCGGUGCAGAUCUGGCGGGCGGCAGCCGGUGGUCUUCGCUCGGCGGCCCUGCGGGCAAGCCUGGACGCCACGGAUCCGGCCUUGGCAGCGCAAGAUGGGUAGUUUUCUCUGCCCCGUUCUGCUGCUCUGAAGUACAGGGGGCCGGAAGGAGACGGCUGCUGGUCGGAGGUCCGUGGCUGGCGGCCCGGGAGGGGCACUGCCGGCUGGUGGUGGUGCCCCGUUGCCGCUUGUUGGAGCUGGGUGGCUCUGCCGCGGUUGGAUGCGGGGUGCAGGACCCGAUCUGGUCUCUGCAGGCCCGUCGUCGAGGAGGUUUGCGGGUGGCCCUACACAGCAGUGGCGUGCUCGUUGUGUGGGGGGUGCGCGGUCCAAUGGAGGUACGGGUCGACCUCGGCCUGCUGCGUGGGAGUGGCUGCACCGGGUGAAAGCCUGGCCGGUGCUGACCGGCCGUCGGCGACGGCGCCUGUGGGCGUCGCUAUCCUCCUUGGAGGCGUUGUCGGGAAUCUUCACAGCCUCUACUCCCGGAUCAAGUCCUUCGGGUGAAAGCCCAGAUCCUGCUACAAGGUCGGGCGGUGUCGUCGUCUUCAACGCCGUUCCCCUCUUUAGGGCGCCGUCUUGAAGAAUUUGAUCCCUUUGGUGCUUCCUAUGACUGGACGUGCACGGUGGCUUCUGUGGCAACGACAACGGUGGUGAGCAACGUCGGAGGCGCGGCUUUGGUCGUGGUAGUCGGCUCUUCUUCUCCGGCGUGUCCAUGGGAAUGCCUCGACUGCCCGGUGCCGUGAAGUCGAAGCCGCGGUGGGGGGCCGCUCGUAUACGAUGACGCGUGUCAGGUGGCUCGUUCGGUGAUCCCUCGUGACGCCAACCUUGCCUCGUUUCUUUGUGGUUCAUCUUCGGAGUCGGAGCUGCGUUGUCUAAUGUGGAUUGUAUGGAGUGUUUUGUUGCAACCAUUAGGGUUGAUGUUUUUCUUUUUCUUUUGAUCUUCGGAUCUCCUGGUCCUAGGACCUUCACCACCUUGUUGUUUCCGUUGCUUUCUCCUAUUAUCAAUGAAUGCCAGCCACGCUGGAUCUUUCAAAAAAGAAAGAGGAAAUGAGGCGCAAAACUACAGGCGUUGCAGAUCGGGAGUCCCAGAGGGAAAGCAAGAAAAAGGAAAAGGGAACCAGCUGCAGACUCUGGACGGUGAAGGACGAGUGAACCUGACAAAGCCAAAGCGCGUGUGUCCUCCAGCGAGCGCCUCACUUCGCUUCACUUCACUUCGCUCCCACUCCCGGUGGAGGGAAAAGCACCGAAAGGCGCCGCGUUUCCGCUUUUUUUUUUCACCGCACUUCCCUCCCUUUCCAGCUUCAGUCCUUCCCAUGGCGUCCUCCGCGCUGCCGGCACCGUCCGUCGUCGCCGUCGCCGUCGCGGUCGCGUUCGCGGUGGCCACCCUCGCUGCGACGGCGUCGGCGGCCGUCACCUACGACCGCAAGGCACUAGUGGUGAACGGGCGGCGCCGCAUCCUGCUCUCCGGCUCCAUCCACUACCCGAGGAGCGUGCCCGAUAUGUGGCCGGAUCUGAUACAGAAGGCCAAGGACGGCGGCCUCGACGUGGUGCAGACGUACGUGUUCUGGAACGGCCACGAGCCCUCCCCUGGCCAGUACUAUUUCGAGGGGAGGUAUGAUCUAGUGCGCUUCAUCAAACUGGUGAAGCAGGCCGGACUCUACGUGCACCUCCGCAUUGGCCCCUACGUCUGCGCCGAGUGGAACUUCGGCGGUUUCCCUGUUUGGCUCAAGUAUGUCCCCGGCAUCAGCUUUAGAACUGAUAAUCAGCCAUUCAAGCUUGAGAUGCAGAAGUUCACCACCAAGAUCGUUGACAUGAUGAAGUCGGAAGGGCUCUUUGAGUGGCAGGGAGGACCAAUAAUCCUCUCCCAGAUCGAGAACGAGUUUGGCCCCUUGGAGUGGGAUCAGGGCGAGCCUUCCAAGGCCUACGCCUCAUGGGCAGCUAACAUGGCGAUUGCGCUCGACACAGGUGUUCCAUGGAUCAUGUGUAAAGAGGACGACGCCCCAGAUCCAAUUAUUAAUACAUGCAAUGGAUUUUACUGUGACUGGUUCUCCCCUAAUAAACCUCACAAGCCUACCAUGUGGACCGAGGCUUGGACUGCCUGGUAUACAGGCUUUGGUGUUCCGGUUCCACAUAGACCAGUAGAGGAUCUAGCAUAUGGUGUUGCCAAGUUCAUCCAGAAGGGGGGCUCUUUUGUUAAUUAUUACAUGUAUCACGGAGGGACAAACUUCGGGCGGACAGCUGGUGGUCCAUUCGUUGCAACUAGCUAUGACUACGAUGCUCCUAUUGAUGAAUACGGCUUAUUGAGAGAACCAAAAUGGGGCCACUUGAAGGAGUUGCAUAGAGCCAUCAAGCUUUGCGAACCAGCCCUGGUUGCAGGAGAUCCCAUUAUAUCUUCCCUUGGGAAGGCUCAGAAGUCAUCCGUUUUUAGGUCAAGCACAGGAGCUUGUGCGGCUUUUCUUGAGAACAAGGAUAAGCUAUCUUAUGCAAGGGUAUCAUUCAGCGGAAUGCAUUAUGACCUGCCUCCUUGGUCUAUCAGUAUUCUUCCGGACUGCAAAACAACAGUCUUCAACACCGCUAGGGUCGGCAGCCAGAUUUCACAAAUGAAAAUGGAAUGGGCUGGAGGACUCACAUGGCAGUCAUAUAAUGAGGAGAUUAAUUCCUACAGUGAGGAGGAAGCAUUUACAGCGGUAGGAUUACUGGAACAAAUAAAUAUGACGAGGGAUAACACAGACUACUUGUGGUAUACAACAUAUGUUGAUGUUGCGAAGGAUGAGCAGUUCCUCACCAGUGGGAAGUCUCCCAAACUCACUGUGAUGUCGGCUGGUCAUGCUUUGCAUGUUUUCGUCAAUGGACAAUUAACAGGAACUGUUUACGGCAGUGUAGAAGACCCAAAACUAACGUAUACUGGGAGUGUGAAACUAUGGGCAGGAAGCAACACUAUUUCGUGCUUAAGUAUAGCAGUUGGUCUCCCGAACGUUGGAGAACAUUUUGAGACUUGGAAUGCUGGAAUUCUUGGUCCGGUGAUACUUUAUGGCCUGAAUGAGGGAAGAAGAGAUCUCACAUGGCAGAAAUGGACCUAUCAGGUUGGUUUGAAAGGUGAGGCUAUGAGUCUUCAUUCACUUAGUGGAAGCUCAUCGGUAGAAUGGGGAGAACCUGUGCAGAAGCAGCCUCUGACAUGGUACAAGGCUUUUUUCAACGCACCAGAUGGUGACGAGCCAUUAGCCUUGGACAUGAAUAGCAUGGGGAAGGGGCAAAUCUGGAUAAAUGGUCAAGGCAUUGGACGGUAUUGGCCUGGCUACAAGGCCCCCGGAACAUGUGGUUACUGUGAUUACCGUGGUGAAUAUAAUGAGACGAAGUGUCAAACCAACUGCGGCGACUCUUCUCAGAGAUGGUACCAUGUUCCUCGCCCAUGGCUUAAUCCUACUGGGAACCUAUUGGUGAUAUUCGAGGAGAUUGGUGGUGACCCUAGUGAAAUUUCAAUGGUGAAAAGAACUACUGGAAGUGUAUGUGCUGACGUGUCUGAAUGGCAGCCGUCGAUGACGAACUGGCGUACCAAGGACUACGAGAAAGCUAAGGUCCACCUCCAGUGUGAUCAUGGGCGGAAAAUAACUGAAAUAAAAUUUGCCAGCUUCGGCACACCGCAGGGGUCCUGCGGGAGCUACUCAGAAGGCGGAUGCCAUGCACACAAGUCGUAUGACAUAUUUCGGAAGAACUGCAUUAACCAAGAGCACUGUGCGGUAUGCGUGGUUCCAGAGGUAUUUGGUGGAGAUCCUUGCCCUGGGACAAUGAAAAGGGCUGUUGUGGAGGUUAUGUGUGGCUGAACUGCCAAGGUAUGUUGUGGAGCAUGGUCCAUACAGGAUUCUGGCGACAGGUGAAAGUCAUAGUGACCGUGACGCACAAACUGUCAGAAGUUACAGAAAAUGAGUUGUAUUUUAGACUGAAUCAUCAGUGUAUGUACGUACGUAUGUAUUUAGUUUAGCCUAUAUACAAGAAUUUGCACGGACGGGAAGAUUAGGAUCUGUAGGUGUGGAAAAGGGUCUAGAUGCCACUCAUCUGGUUUGCGGAGAGCACGGAUGAGGCUGCUGCUCACCUGAGUCCUCAUGUGCAAUGGCUUCUGGAUUGGAAGAGUGGCACCACUCUAUUCAUGCAUUGCUAUCUUGAUUCUAAGUAAUCAAAACAGGAUAAUGGUUCAGCUCAUUAA